UUUGCUUUCCAAUGCUUGGUAUGGUUAGCAGGCACAUGGGUCCGAUGGAUCAGUUGUGGCAAGUCGUUGUCAACAGUCGUUAGAGAAUUCACAUUGAAUUAUCGCCUUGGGUCGAAUAGUGUACAAGGGCCAAGAUUGACACGUCGUGUUUCGUUAAAAUUCGUCAUUUUGGUGGUGAAGCCAGCUCUUAUCGCGCAGUGUUUAUUAAAACAGACGGAUUGUCGGUUUGCGCAGACGUAUUACGAUCCGAGGUUCCAACGUGGUUCUCUCAAACUUCAUUUUCGAGCAAUAAUUUCCUCAAUAAAACACUCGUGUACCGUACGAACGAUUUGAUGCUUGACAUUGGAUAAUGGCACUGAUGCGGGGAUUAAGAUCGUUUUCUGUCUUAGGAACGAAUUAUGCAUACUCAUACAUAUCUAGUCAAGUUAUCCCCGCGAGAACUGUGUCUCUCAUGCAACCGCUUUCUAAGAAUAAAGAGAUCACUAUAACAUUUAUUAAAGCCAAUGGAGAAAGGAUAAAAGCAAAAGGGGAAAUUGGAAACAGUAUUUUAGAUAUUGUUGUAAACAAUGAUCUUGAUUUGGAUGGUUAUGGAGCUUGUGAAGGAACACUAACGUGCAGCACUUGUCAUUUAGUUUUUUCUAAGGAUGCGUUUAAAAAUCUUUCUGAUCAACCUACAGAGGAAGAAAUCGAUAUGCUGGAUUUGGCACAAGAGCGAGGACCAACUUCAAGAUUAGGCUGCCAAGUAAUCGUGACUGAAGAACAGGACGGUAUUGAAGUAAGAGUACCAGCUAUCAUUAAUGAUGCAAGACAAACAUAA